GCAGCGGGCACGCGCCUGAGGCGGCAUCGCCUACGCUCCCCAACCCCCAUUCCCGGAGCAGUCGGGACUGCUUCGUCCCACCCACCCCGAGUCUUCUCAGGUGCCCUGUCCGCAAGCCUGGUCCCUCGUCAGUCGAGCUGCCCUGAGAGGCAGCACGCGGCCUGACGCGCCGUCCUCCCCUGAGGGACCCAGGGGCGCGUGCCCGCGCGCGGGCCGCGGACGUGAGGGCAGCGAACGACGGAACCGCGGCGCCGAGGAGGGCCGUGCUCGUGCCCGGCUCCUCGCGAGGCGCGCGCGCGCUCCCGCCGCAGCCCGGGCCGCGCCCGCCCCGCCUCUCAGCACCGGCCCCGGAGCCCGGUCCGCGAGCGGCGGCGGCGGCGGCCGGAGGGACGAUGAGCGGCGCGGCGCGGGCGGGCCCGGCCCGGCUCGCGGCGCUGGCCCUGCUGACCUGCAGCCUGUGGCCGACGCGAGCGGACAACGCGAGCCAGGAGUACUACACGGCGCUCAUCAACGUGACGGUGCAGGAGCCCGGCCGCGGCACCCCUCUCACGUUCCGCAUCGACCGCGGGCGCUACGGGCUCGACUCACCCAAGGCCGAGGUCCGCGGCCAGGUGCUGGCACCGCUGCCCAUCCACGGAGUUGCUGAUCAUCUGGGCUGUGAUCCUCAAACACGGUUCUUUGUCCCUCCUAAUAUCAAACAGUGGAUCGCCUUGCUCCAAAGAGGAAAUUGCACCUUUAAAGAAAAAAUAUCACGGGCUGCUUUUCACAAUGCGGUUGCUGUAGUCAUCUACAAUAAUAAAUCCAAAGAGGAGCCAGUCACCAUGACUCAUCCAGGCACGGGAGAUAUUAUUGCUGUCAUGAUAACAGAAUUGAGGGGUAAGGAUAUUUUGAGUUAUCUGGAGAAAAACAUCUCUGUACAAAUGACAAUAGCUGUUGGAACUCGAAUGCCGCCAAAGAACUUCAGCCGUGGCUCUCUAGUCUUCGUGUCAAUAUCCUUUAUUGUUUUGAUGAUUAUUUCUUCAGCGUGGCUCAUAUUCUACUUCAUUCAGAAGAUCAGGUAUACAAAUGCUCGCGACAGGAACCAGCGUCGUCUUGGAGACGCAGCCAAGAAAGCCAUCAGUAAAUUGACAACUAGAACGGUGAAAAAGGGCGAUAAGGAAACAGACCCAGACUUCGAUCACUGUGCAGUCUGCAUAGAGAGCUAUAAGCAGAAUGAUGUUGUUCGGGUUCUCCCCUGCAAGCAUGUUUUCCACAAAUCCUGUGUGGAUCCCUGGCUCAGUGAACACUGUACCUGCCCUAUGUGUAAACUUAAUAUUUUGAAAGCCCUAGGAAUUGUGCCAAAUCUGCCAUGUACUGAUAAUGUAGCGUUUGAUAUGGAAAGGCUCACCAGAACCCAGGCAGUUAACCGAAGAUCAGCCCUUGGUGACCUUGCCAAUGACAGUUCCCUUGGCCUUGAGCCACUGAGAACUUCUGGGAUAUCGCCUCUUCCUCAAGAUGGGGAGCUCACUCCUCGAACGGGUGAAAUCAACAUUGCAGUAACAAGUGGGCACGUCUUUCACCGGAACUCCCUGUCGCCUCGUAGCCUGGUGUAUGAAAGUGAAUUCUCCACAAUCGAACCUUCUUUGGACAUGUAUGAUGAGAACAAAACCUGAUUUUUUUAAAAUGGGCUAUUGGGGGUCUCUCCUUUUGAGAUUUGAUUUGUGGUCACCUUUCUUACUUUGUAUUCCUCUGUCAUCGUCCAUCUGGGAAGAAUGGCAGUACCUCUGGGCGCAAGUUGGGGUUCAGGGUUAAAUUACAGAGUUCCCCCACGGUGAGGUUUGAGGGCAGCGCUAUUGCCCAAGUGAACUUCAUGGUACCACCCAGAGCUGAUCACUGAGCAUGGGCACCUCAGGAGCCUUGCUGUUUCCAGAGAAGAGGCGGGGCCAGGGGUGAAUGAUGCGUUUGUUGCAAAUGUGUCUGUGUCCCCAAAUAGUCGCACGCUGUCUGUGUUAGGGUGGCAUGGGGGUUUUGUAAAAUACGUUUUGUGAUCCUCACAUGCACAGGAAAGCCUGAAGACAAAACAUCCCACUGAUACAAGGUAUGAAUCAUGGCUCCCCGACCUCCUCCCUUUGUCCUCUGUCCUUACUGUAUUUUCUGGUAAAAGGCCUCUUCCCAUAGGGAGUCCUUCAAGAGAAGCUUCAUCUUCCUUUCCCCCUGUGAGACUCCGACCUCCUGUCGUCCUCCAGAGCUUGGAGGACACAGGCCAUGGGGCCCAGAGUCUGCCGUCACAGGAUCAGUCAUCUGCUUUGUCAUCUGUUUUCCAGCAUCUGUGAUGAGCAUGACCUGUGAUGACAAGUAUUUACAUAGGCACUGGACAUGGGAGGCAUUCGUCCCCACUGUCUGUAGUGUCUAUGGGGAGGUGGCACCAGGAGCCUAGCACAAUGACUGCAAGGGAUAAGGUCAACAGUCAUCAACACCAAAAUGGUUCUGAAUGUUUUAUCGGGAAGUGCAAACUAACCUCCUACUAUUAAAUACCAAAUGGGGGCUCCUCCUUCCCCAUCUUGAUUGUCCAAUUCAGUGCCAUCCUGCCAGCCUCAGCACCAACAUGAAGAAACACUGGAGUACUGGCAGACAGACUUACAGAAGAGGAUGCUAUGGACACCAUGGUGGACACUGGACAUGUGCGAUCUUCCCACACAUCCAGAAUGACAUCAAGUUAACAUAUGAGGAACUUGUGGGACCAGGAUCAGCAAAACACCUCCCUUCUGCAGAAGUUUGUGCCUCUUCACAACUUCUGAGAAGUUGCUUCUCUUCAGAGCUGCAAAGGUGUCCAGACCCUUGUUAGGAGAAUGCAGCUCCAUUGUCUCUAGCCAUGCGCAUGGCAACACAGACAUCAGGGGACAGGCUCCUACCCUGACACUCUCAUUGGCUCUAUGGGUCGUAAGUUUGUGGCAUGUACAUGUCAUUUUCACACAUGUGGCUUCUUCUCUGUCACAGCAUCUUGUAACAUGUCCCUAAGAUCCCUCAGAGGCCCCUGUGCCUGAAGCAGACCCUCAGAGAGCCUGAGUGCUGACAGCUGUAAGAACGUGGUGGCAGGGCAAGCCUCCGCACUUUGCUUGAAUAUGCAAGGCUGGAACAGGACCGACGUCCAAGGUCUAACCUGCUUUCACUUUUACUGCUUACCAAGGGCUUUUGUCUUUCUUUUUUAUAGUCUUUGUACUAUAAAAAUAUUUUUGAUAAAGUUUCAAUAGAUUAUCGUUCUGAAAGACAGGUUCUCAGUGAGAGCAUUUCAGCAGGAGACUAGACUACGAGGGUCACAGGCUCAGACAGAAGUGUCUGGUGUGGUGGACCAGAUGGAUGCUGAAAUUGUCAUGUUUUCCGAAGCCUGGCCUUGUCUUCUCCACAACCAAACUCACAUCCCAUAGACUCGUUUUCUUCAGGUCUCACCUGUCUUAUAAAGGCAUAUACAUUAAGUCCCACUCUAGACAGUUUCUUUACUAAAAAUAGAAAUGGGACGUCUUGGGGGGAAAUUUUAAAUUGAGUCCUCUAGAAUCUACUGAGACAGUGUUUGAAUCCCUGGAAGAACUGGGGCAUGUGGUCAUUGUAGAACAGCCAGAAGGCAGUUCCUGUGACAGAGUUCACUCCGAAUAGUGCUCCAGAUACCAGGGCGGCCCCCUUUUCCUGAAAGUUGGGGCCACCUUCAACUCAGAUCCAGAUGCCCUGUCUUUGUCUGGAAGGUCUUUGGCUUCUUCGUUGAAGGCGUGUGCUCUGGGAAUACAGAGGAUAAGCACUUCCUACCAGGAGCCAUGAUGAGGGGACUUCCCAUGAAGCCACCCUGGAUGCCCAGGUGGAGCUGGGUGCACAGCCGUCACUGGCUAUGCCAUAGAGCACAGGCCCAUCAGGAUCUACAGCCACGGGUGGCAUUAGCUGCGAAGGGGGCUGCAGCAGCCAGGAUACGGAGGUUUAAGCUUUUGAGAUACUUAGCUUCCCUGUGGAGGGGCCACUCUGGUCCUGUUACUUCAGGGAGAAAGGACAGCUGACUGGCCUGGACAUCAGGUAUAAAGUCCCCAGAGGGUCUCCAGAAGUUGAGUAUGUCUAUCCAGGGCCCCAACUUUGCUCCCCUCUUAGGAAAACAGGCUCUACCAUCAACAGUUUAAAACCCCCAAGGCCCACUAAGCCUUUCUUUUGAAUCAACCUCUCUCUCUCCUGGCUCCUCUAGUUGUUCCCUCAUAGGACACGUCCCUGAAUGCCAGUCCAUCAUGAAGCUGAACCUGUGCCUCCUUCCCAUCUGCCCUGAGGCAUGACAGCCUGGGAUGCCAAAAUGUGUAGUCGGAAAGGCAUUAAACCACAGGCUGCUGAACCUUACUAACUGGCAUGUCCCUCGGACUUUGUGAGCCUCCCUGGCUUUAUUACCCCUCACCUCCAUGGUCUCCCUCAUCUAUGCACUAAAUGACACCAAACCGAGGGAAAGAAAGCCACUAGUUCCUUUGCUGUUCACCUUUGCUCUAAGGGUCCUCGACCUGCUGCAAAAAAAAAAACAAAAAAAACAAAAAAAACAAAAACAAAAACAACAAAAAACAAAAACAAGAUUUAUUUCACAUCAGGAGUCCUCCUGACAAGGGCUCAUAAAUGUCAAGAAAGAAAACUGCUGAAUUUAAAACCAUGGCACUUAGAAGGGAAAGGCAAGACCAUACAGUUACUUUCGACAACCGCCCUUUUUGUCUUUUUCUUUUUCAGUUUUUCAAAACAGAGUUUAUUUUUCUGUAGCUCUGGCUGUCCUAGGACUUACUCUGUAAACCAGGCUGGCCUGAAACUCAAGAGAUCCACCUGCCUCUGCCUCCCGAGUGCUAGGGGUUUUUUUUUUCUCCCCCCUUCCCCACAGAGUGCUGGUUUUAAAGGCAUGUGCCGCCAUGCCUAGCCUAUAGACAGACAUUUUACAAAGUUCUCCCUGUGUACCUGACUUGUACACUGAGCGUUCGGGUGGAGUAGUGGUGAAGACUUGGGAGCCUCGGGGUGCACUCAGCGCUCAAGCACUUCAGUGGUUGUCCUGGAAUCUGGCGUGUUAGCAACACUCUGCAGAGGGAGAGCAUAUGACAUGGGGGUGGGUCUCAAGGGGACAGUUCCCUAGACAUAGGUGGAAAGGUAGAGUGCAGCUUGCUGAGUCUGGGUGGAGAAGGGUCAUGAGGAGCAGCAGGAGUAAGGCAAGGUCCUUAUGCUGGAGCCAGCAUCUCCCCUUAUUGGUCUGCUUGGGAAAAGAACACUGAGAUGUAGGCAGUGUGAGAGGCAGAGGGUAGACGGGCCCUCCUGGGGGCUGGCAUCCUAGUGGCUGGCUUGGGACCAAGGGACCCCAGACUGAACUGACUAAAUGUAGGAAACACAGGAGUGGGGACACUGUGAGAAAGAAAUGGAAGGUAGAUUUCUAACCUCAGUGAUUGAGUGAAUAUUAGUGAGAUGCAGGAGAACCCAUAAAACUCAGCCCCAGAAUGAUGUCUCCAUGAUCCCAGGCAUUGGGAGGCUCUGCUCUUCCUCUCCCCAACCCUGUGCAGAGGUGUGCGCACUGGGCACACAUGCCCACCCUGACUGAGGUGGACACUCAGUACAGAUGAUGGUGCCAGCCAGAGAGACACUGGACUAGACAACGUUGAUUGGGAUGUACAGCACACAGAAAAGGCUAUCAGAGAAACUGGUGUAGAGAAAUGGUUGUGCGUGAUUUCUCCACUCAAGAAAGGUGAGCCCGGCAGCUCCCAUCCUCCAGUGUUCAGAACGGGAGGUCUGUGCCCUUAAGCUCAAAGGGAGUGUGAGGAGGUGAGAAUAAGGGAUCAUUAACACAGGGCGACUGUCCGGAUACCCACAGCUUAAAACAAGCGCCUUUCCAUGCAGAUCCAGAGGAGGCAGUGCUUGCAAACAGCGCAUGGAGUUCUGCCGUGUUUGGGCCCUGUGGGUGCAUCAUUUUUAAGCUGUCUGGAAAGGGGGAACUGUAAGAUGCUUGGAUGUGGUUGAGAUCACUGCCAGACUGGGGAAAUGCUUUACAGGCUGUGAUUACUGUGGACUGGAGGGAAUGUUGGAAUAAGACACCUAUGUCUGUAGCCCAGGACCAUGCUUGCCUGGUGGUCCAGCAAACAGCAGGAAAAGCAAUUAGAUGGGAAAGGCGCUCUUGCAGACAGACUCCUGGCUGGCCCCUUGGCUCUCUGCAGAUUACAGUAUUUACAGGUCACAUCAGCCUCCUGAAGCCUGAGUAUAGAGCUGAAGUUUGUGAUUAGGAGGCCCCCUUGUAGCCAAGGAACUCCUUCGGGGCUCUGGCAGGGUUGAGAGGCUCCUCUCUUCUUUAUGGGUAUUCCCAGAUGAGGACAGACCCAGUGGGCCCCAGCAGGCCUGGGAUAAUAACAGUCACCUGUGUUUUCCAGAGCUGUGACCCCCACCAAUCUGUCUUGACCACAGAAGCAGAGAAAGCUGUCAGCCUCAGCUGCUAAAAGGGUGGCAUUUCUACAUUACAGACUGGCCCUGAGGGCCCUAAAACAGCCCUGUGGAAGCCGCCCCACCCCCUUGAUUAUCCUCCUAGGCUCAAUACACUUUUCUCCCUGCUUUCUUCACUCUGACUUCGGGAAGGAAGAAGAAACAGAUGGUGCAGGGCAGAAGGGCCUUUGAACUUUGUGCAACCGAAGUAUUGAGAUUCUGGGAGGAUUCCUUGCUUCCAGAAUAACUCAGGCCUCAGCCCUGGGAUCCUUCAGUUUCUUCCUAUUGACUCUUUAAGACAGGCUUGAGGUGGCCAGGACCCCACUCCACAACCUAAAAGUAUGAUCUUUCUCAGACGCACUGGUGGUGGCCAGAGCUCAAGGUGGAGCCCUCACUCAGCCGUUAGCGCCUUUAUACUCAUUCCCCUCCCAAGGAAAGGCUGAGCGCCAAGAUCAUCUCACACCUCUCCUAUAGUGGACCCUGCAUCCCCUCACCAUCCACCGUCCCCAAAACAUUUGAUGCCAUUGUGUGUCAUUCCUCUCCUGUCCCCUCAACUCCAUUCGCUGGGCGGGCACAUGCAUGGGGAAGGGGCCUAUUGGCCACCCACAAGCCCACAGCUGCCAUUAGACCCUCCUCCCUGUCAACAACCCUAGCCUGAUUCUACCUACUGGCAACACUUAACACUGUACUGGGCUACAUUUUCACAAAUUUAACCCAACAGAAAGUAGGUUCUAACCUGCUUUUGGAAUUACCCUUCAUCCACAACUAAGUCUCGGUGUAUUUACAUUAUAUUAAAGGACUUUUCUAAUGACUAGAAGGUACUAAACCAAGAUAUUUGUUCUUUUUUUUUUUUUUUAAUGUAGGAGGGUCUGAUAAAAUGAGACAUCCAAAGUUAUAGUUUCCCUUCAGGUUAAGCAAGCUGCACCUGCCGACUGUCACCCAUGCUUUAUGCCCCAAUCACUAGAUCUGUCCUGGUUCUACACCUAGACCUUUUAGGAGCAGCCACGACACACACUACCUCCCUGGCAGCCCUGGCUGGCUUGCCGACCCAGCUUGAAUACAGCUCCCUUGGCUGUUGCCUGGGAUGGAAUCUGGUGCCUAGCAUCUGGGCCUAGCAUGGGAAGUAAGAUGGACUCUUGAGUGGCCAAACCUCACCCAAGAAAACUACACCAGUGUCAUUUACGGGGCAGAAAAGAGCUCAAGCUGGGAGGAGACAUGGGCAUCGCCUCAUAGACAUACGCCACCACCCCACCCCCGUAAAAGGAGAGGAACCAGUUUAAAUUCUAGGCCCCAUGUGUCCAGGUUGCUUCUGACCCUCCGUAGCUUUUACAAACACUCGUAUAAACACUGAAGUCACCCCCUUCAUAUCUGGAUCAUUCAACAAGCCCCACUCCCUCCAGGUUCUUGCUGACUAUGCACAACAUUUCAGUGGAUGGCGUAUACAACUGUUUGUCUAACCUAAGCACUGGUAACUUGGGGUGGGAAAGCUCAGAACACACCUUAGGCAGAUGGCAAGGCGGGGCACCUGGAGGGAAGCUAUGCACCUGACUGUCUCUCACCAGUGGAUGGUUUGUGCCAGAAAGAGCACACAUCAAAUGUUCAAAUAGCAAGAUUGCUCAUCAACUGAAUGUGGGACGUCACUGUAGGGGGGUUACCCUGUCAAGAAUACAGACAUCUGCAAGGACAAUGUGAUUUCUUGACAAUCAAACCUGUCAACCCCUGGAAAUGGGCAGCAUAACUCCUAGGUCCACACGGUUGAUGUAAGUAUAAUUAAGUAGUGAAAUUGUCUGGCAUGUAUCUCUAUGCCGAUAGUGUACACCUGUAUGUGUGGAACUUGCUAAUAUAACCGUUUCAAUAAAACUCUAUUGAAAAAGC